AUGGCGUCCGCUCCUCGAUGGUUGUCUGAGCUCAAGAAGGCUCUUAGCGUUCCCGAGAACAAAGGGCAAACCGUGUAUCAGCUAGCGACCGCAGACCCGAAUGGCAGGCCUCACGUCCGCACAUGCGUGCACCGUGACAUCGUGCAGCCCGAGGGGUAUCCCAAUCUGCCAGUAUUCAUUCUAACAACCGACGUCCGUUCCCCCAAGAUCUCUCAGCUGCGUGCCAACCCUCAGGCUGAAGUCGCCUGGUGGAUGGCUGGCUCGAAGGACCAGUUCCGCAUCUACGGCUCCGUGCGGAUUGUGGCUUCCCCCAAGGCUGACUUCAAGGCCGGCGCGCCACCCCCGCCAUCGCUCGCGCUCGACAAGAUGGACGAGCAAGGCUACGAUUGGGAGAAGAAGAGGGUGGAGUCGUUCAACAGCGUUAAUGCGCAGUUGAAGGCGAGCUGGUGUCGUCCUGUCCCUGGCUCUACCAUAGGCUCAUAUGAUGAGGCAUCGAAAUGGCCACAGAAGUUACCGAAAGAUGGCGAAGCGCAAAGCGAGGAGGAGGAGCAGCAGGUCGAGCAGGCACUUAAAAAUUGCGCCAUCGUGCUUAUCGAGACUCUGGAGGUGGAUUGGGUGCAGCUUGGCGUCACGCCGAACCAGAGGACGAGGUUCACGAGGAAGGAGGAAGAGUGGGUCGAAGAAAUCGUCGUGGCGUAG